ACAACCAUGUCUCUCUUCUUCACCUUUCUUCUCCUCUUUUCUUCCCUCUUUCCGUCUCUCGAUGCCUUGACCUACCGUUAUUACGACCACACGUGCCCUAAUCUCGAGUCCAUUGUCGCUCGAGAAGUCCACCUAGCUACCGUCAACGACAAAACGGUUCCUGCAGCACUGCUCCGAAUGCACUUCCAUGACUGUUUCAUUAGAGGUUGUGAUGGGUCUGUGCUUCUCGACUCCAAGGGGAAGAACAAGGCGGAAAAAGACGGUCCUCCUAAUAUAUCGUUACAUGCUUUUUAUGUCAUUGAUAAGGCUAAGAAGGCUAUUGAAUCUGCUUGCCCUGGCGUUGUUUCUUGUGCUGAUAUCCUAGCUCUCGCUGCUCGAGAUGCUGUUGUUGUGUCGGGAGGUCCUCAUUGGGAAGUUCCGAAAGGACGAAAAGAUGGAAGAAUCUCGAAAGCAAAUGAAACCAUACAAUUGCCUUUUCCGACAUUCAACUUCUCCCAACUCCAACAAAGCUUCUCUCAACGAGGUCUUUCCAUACAAGAUCUCGUAGCUCUAUCAGGCGGACACACGUUAGGAUUCGCCCAUUGCUCGUCAUUCCAAAACCGAAUCCACAAAUUCAACUCGACCGUCGACAUCGACCCAUUGUUGCAACCAUCGUUCGCGGCCAGUCUCCGGAGCAUAUGUCCAGCUCACAACAAGGUGAAGAACGCCGGGUCCGCCAUGGAUUCAAGUACCACGGUGUUUGACAAUGCAUACUUCAAGCUGCUUCUUCAAGGGCGGAGCAUUUUUUCUUCCGAUCAAUCUUUGCUUUCAACGCCGUAUUCAAAGGCUUUGGUGUCUAAAUUCGCCAAUGAACAACGCCACUUUGAGAAGGCGUUUGUGAAGUCCAUGGUCAAGAUGAGCCGGAUCGCCGGCGCCGGCGAAGAAGUCCGGCUAAACUGCCGGGUGGUCAGAUAAUAUUUUAAUUUUAAUUUUUUUUUUUAAUUGUGUGGAGUGGUUUUUGAUGCUUUGAAUUGUGUGCGCUUUUGAAUUAUGUAUUUAAUUAUG